AUGCAGUCCUGGUCUGGCUCCGGCCAGAAUGGUGCAAAUGACGGGCAUAAUUCCUGGCAGUCCGGCUACACCUAUUCGAACCAAAGCAACCAAUUCGAUCCCAACCAGGCGUGGUCACAGCCGGCAAGUGAGCAGGCCUCAUACCCUCAUUUAAACCAGCAGGAUCCAUCCACGUCCAACUUCUUUGAGGCGUCGCACCAGGGAAAUGCCUUUCUUGCAGGAGGCCUUCACUCUGCUGCGUCCAGUCAAGCCCCGUUCCAUGCUGGCCAUGGCGCUCUUUCUUUGAACCAACAGUACUCGCAGCCGAGCCAAGAUGUGAUGGACCCUGCCUUCAGUAAUAUACACCCUGAAUUAUAUGGACACCAGACAAAAGUCAAUCUGGGCGGGGAUGGAUUGGGCCAUUUGGGACAGGUUCAGAGCCACCCGCAUGCACAGUCUCAGGCAUUCGCGCAACAUGAGUUUCAGUUCGCUCCCCAGAACGAGCAGCUGUAUGAUGCGGCUGUUCCGUUCAGCCGCCAGCCUCAGCAAGUGUCGCAGCCAGCUCGUCAGGGAAGCCACACUCCCGUCCAGCAGUUUGAUAAUUUGCAAGGAGGAUUUGCCCAGGGCCAUCAGUUUAGACAGGCGCAGCAACCGGUGCCAGUCCAACACCAACAGCAGCAGCAGCCGUAUCACCAGGGACAGCCCUUCUCAGCAGCUGUGGGCGGACAGGGCGAUCAAUACCAGCUAAACAACAACAUGGCCUAUCAGCAGCCAAAUCCACAGUACAGUUCACAGCAAGGAUAUGCGCCCCAAAAGGCAAAUACAUAUACCACACCCCCUCAGGGCACGCCCGUACAGCAGCCGGCGCAACCGCUUCAGCAACCUUCGGCGCCAUCUUCCAACCAUCCGACGCUGGCGGCGAAUGCUGGUGCUGCUCCAGGUACACAAUAUGGGGCAGUAACCCAGCAGCCGAUUAAUAGCGGCCUCGUAACUACAUCUACCGCGAUUCCUUCCAUCCUCCAACCGGUGGUGGAGGCGAUGCCAAAGAAAAGAAAGCGCAUGACCAAGAGUGCUCCUGAGCCAAUAGUCCCAGAGCAGCCUGUAUAUCCUAUAGAUCUACCAGUCGAGGCUUUUGCAAGAAGAGGCGAUGAAACCGAAAUCUUGUCUGUUCCCGUACCUUCAGAGGAAGAGGCGCAACUCAUCGCCCAGUUUGCGAAGCGGAACAAGGCUGCACAGAUCAAGUAUCCUUCUAUUAAGGGACUCCCACACCUAGUGUAUGAGGGGACUAUUAAAAUUCCAGCACCCAAGAGCUAUGACAAGCUAUCUCCUUGUAUUGCACUGCCGCCACGCCACGACCGCCCUGCGAUCCCCGAGCUGGGAUACCUGCCUUGCGAAAUUCAGGGAAAGUUUAGCACUCAAUAUAGACCCUCUGCGGAAAAGGGCGGCUUGGACGAGCGACGGGAAGAAGCAAGCCAGUUAUUGGAUGAAUUUGAUCGCUCUAUGAAUGCUCUCGGUAAACGCAGGCCAAAAUACACCGAGUAUCCACAUGCUUUUAAGGAGCAACUCAAAUCCGAUGAAGCUUCGAAAAACAAGGCGGAAAAGAGGGCCAAGAAAGAACAGGAGGAUGACCGAGCAAAGCCGAUCCGCUCACCCGUCCGCCCAACUGAUCCUGCCGAAGCCGCUGCGUGGGAUGCUGUUGGAAUCGUCCAUAUUGAGGCUUCUGUUGCUCGUACAAACGCCCUCAUCGCUGGCAGAGUUCAGCAGGCUGGUGAAUUCUUCAUUAAGCUUCGCGGCGAGAUGAACAAGGCAAAGUUGGACGUAGAUAAUGCUGUUAAAAAUAAGGUGCCGGAGGCCGAACUUGCGGAGCUAAAGAAGGAGGCCGAGCAGAAGAAGGAAGCUUUCUACCGCGCCCUUGACGUCACCAUUGAGCAUGCGGACGAUAGCGUUUUGGAUAAUCUUGGUGGCCACCAGAAAUUGGUUCUCAGCCUCGUCAACGCCAUGAUUUCGUCAAUCAAGGCAGGCGAUUUCUCUGGGAAGCUACCCAAAGCACUGCUGGAGAUCUUUACGCACUUUCGCAUGACAAGGAAGAUUGCCGAGACGACCAACUUUGAAACGGUUAGAAAAAGGUUUGAAGAUAAGGGCGAUGAUGAGGUUAAGGAGAUGGCGCGCGAAAUUGCUGCGAAUAUGAAAAAGGUUACCAAAACUACAGAACCAGAAACGGCGACGGGAUACACUGGAACCUCUGCGGCUAGCAGAGCGAAAGCCGGCAAUAAACUAUCUACAGAGGCGGCUUCAGUCAAACGAGGUCGAGACGACGACACGGACUCUCGGACUGUGAAGAAGAUUGCGGUGGAGCCUGGUAGCAGCUCUCUUAGCAAGAAGCUGGCCCAGCCGAAGAUUCACCCACCAGCCGCAUCGAAAAUCAUUGCACCCAAGGCCCCUUCGUCGAUACUACCUGGCAAGGUCCGGCCUGUACCAAAACCAGCGGUCAAGUCAGAGGCAGACAGCCCAUCAGCGUCUAGUGAUGAUAAGAGCAAGGUAGACCCGGUUGCUACCAAGGUGGAAGCCAAACCCCUCGCGCAAAAGGCAUCUUCGGCGCAAAGCGCCAGCGCCUUGUCGGGAAUUGCUUCCCUGCUUGACUCGAUCAAUGCACCCAAAGCGGCUGAAGCUCUUGUUCCAGUAGCCAGAGAGACAAGAGAGUCUGGUACCCCAGAAGCGCCAGAAGAAAAGGCCAAAAGACUUCGUAAGGAGGCUCGCCGAAAGCUUAGGGUCAGCUGGAAGCCUGAAUCGGAGCUUGUGCAAGUCAAAAUCUUCCACAAGGACGAUGAAGAAGACGAAGGCAGGGAGAGCAACAUGAUACGAGACGCAGCCGACGACCGUUCUGAGGGCAUGGUUCUGAAACAGCGCGCAAACGUUGAGGAAGACGAAGAUGACGACGACAUUCCUUACCAGCCUUGGGAGGAGCCUGUCGAGAUGGACUUUUCGGCACUGCCCGACGAUGUACGGAGUAAGAACUACGUUACGCGUGGCGGUACGGUGACUUUCACAACGGACGAACAGCAGCGAAUCGCAGAGAGAGAACAGAGAGAGCUUAUGGCCAUCUACACCGACGUCGACGAUAUUCCUCCAACGCCCAAGUCCCCUAUCCCAGAGACGGCAACUACGAAUCCCGAAGCCAAGACGGGCUAUCUUCCCCGAGAAAAUGCCAAGUUUGAAGAAAUCCAGCUUAGAUGGCGAGAUGAACAGCAGUACGGACUCGAUGAGGCGCUGCGCUCUGCUAUGAAGCGGCUCGACGCCAAAAAUAGCCCGUCUAAUAAGCUUGACUCUAUUCUUGGCCGGCUUCAAGGAGGCGUAUCAUCAUCCGCCUCCUCCUCACAACCUGUAUCUUCCGUGCAAUCCAGGCAGAUAUAUCACCAGCUUCCGAUUCUGUUGGGGCCUGCAGCAGAGGCACUCGUACUUACGGCACUUGAGUCAGACAAGACCAAGGCUUGGCGCGAUGCCAACCCUGUUCAAUACGGGGAUACUGUGCGUCCCUACAACUAUACAGACCCUACAGUACGACUUAAUGGAAACGCUGUUGAGCACGCUGCGAGGAGCUUGGUCGGCAAGCCGUUUCCUGCCACCUCACCACCAGACUGGCUUUCGUUUGAUCAAGAGAGGGUCAGGGAAUGGUGGUUCGGAUAUAACAAGGAGGUGGCGGCCAGGCAGAAGAAAGAGGAAGAAGCACAAGCAAGAGCAGAAGCCGAAGCAAAUGCACUCAAGAUUGCCGCUGCUACUGCCGCUGCCGCUGCUAACCCACCGAAUAACAACCAAUCUCAAGACUGGGCGGCGCAAUAUGCCCAGCAACAGAAUAUCGCCCCAUACAUGGCACUCUUGCAACAGAUGACUGGCGGGCAGCACCAAGCUAUUCCCCAACUUCCAUCGACAGCAGCACCGGCGCCAUCCCAAAUUCCCGACGGUCAACUACAGUCGAUUCUCGCAGCCAUCAACCAACCUCAACAAGCUGCCGCGGUGCAAGCCGCAAACAUUACUAGCUUCCUGAACCCGAACGACCCCUCGUAUCAGCAGCUAAUGAUGCUCACUCAAAUGGCGCAAGGCCAGCAGCCGCCUCCUCCUCCGCCACCACCGCCGUCCUUUGGCCAUGGUACGGAGCGAGAGCGAGAGCGAGAUUGGGAUCGAAACGAUAAUCCGAGAGGAGGCGAGAGAGGGGGUGAUCACGGAAAGGAAGGUCGGAAAAAGAAGGGCACGCUGCCACCUCAUAAGCCUGCCAACAAGGCUCUUAUAGGGACUAAGCCAUGCACUUUCUGGCAGCAAGGCAAGUGUGCUCGAGGUGAUAAGUGCACCUUUAGACAC